CAAAUUCUGAGCUGUCCAGUCAAUUACAUUCGAGAAGUAUUUUCAGAGUACAUUGUGGAUGCAGUAUAAGCGAUCGAAUAUCUCUACAUGAAAGUCUUGUCGUAAUAGCUACAGUAUAGUCUGUGGCAAGCACAAUUUAUUGGAGAACACAUUCUAAUCAAGUGCUAUUGGUGAAGGCACGUGUACAUGGGUAUUACGAUUGGCACCUGCCACUGAAUAGAACACUAAAUGAGCGCAAAACAGACGACCUGAUGCAAACGACCGUACCGGUUUUAUUAAUACUAUUUGUAACAAUUCGAUGAAACAGAGCAGUACAUCGAAAAAUACUACGUUUCAUUGCAUGAAAAUGACCUCGGAGGCUUCCUUGAGCGAUGUGCCAAUUGUAUCGAGACUGCAUAAUUUACGCUUAGGACACGAAGACGGUGAUGAAUCUCAGCAAAAUGUAAAUGUUGCUGCAUCUGGAGAAUCAUCUUCAGAACCUGUACGAAAUAUCCAACCCAUUGGCAAUGUUAUCAUUUCACGUGCUAGACGAGCGCUCAAUUUCGUUUGUGAUGAGGAUCAACCAACUUCGACAGCAAGAGCUGGAGAAUCUUCAUCUUCAAAUGGAGAUAAUAGACCUCCAACAAAUGUAGCGAAUACGCUGCAUUUGGAAGGAAGAUCUCAAGAUACUGUUGCCUUGGAAAGUACAUCUACAAAUGGACAAGCAACAAUAGCUUAUAAUUGGCAGGGUACAAAGGCUACAAUGCGUGAAAGAAUUGUUUUCCUUUUCAAUAAUGAAAUAUUGUCAGAUGUGAGCUUUAUAGUGGGAAGGGGAGCACAAAAACAACGUAUACCAGCUCAUAAACUAGUCCUAUCCUCUGGAAGUGCUGUUUUUGAUGCAAUGUUUAAUGGAACACUUGCAACAGCUUCUUCAGAAAUAGAAGUACCUGAUGUAGAACCUGCUGCUUUUUUGGCAGUGCUUCUUUUUUUAUAUACAGAUGAAAUACAAAUAGAUCCUGAAACUGUGAUGACAACAUUAUAUACAGCUAAGAAGUAUGCAGUGUCUGCUUUAGAGAAACACUGUGUAGAUUAUUUGAAAAACAAUUUAACCAGUGAUAAUGCUUUUCUGCUUUUAACGCAAGCUCGACUUUUUGAUGAACCACAACUGGCUGCAGUGUGUUUGGAUACUAUUGAUAGAUUUACCACGGAAGCUUUAAAUGCAGAUGGAUUUACAGAUAUUGAUAUAGAUACAUUAAAAAUUGUUCUGGAAAGAGAUACUCUUCGUGUUAGAGAAUCUAAAAUAUUUCAAGCAGUCCUAAGAUGGUCAGAAGCAGAAUGUAUAAGGCAUCGUUUACCAGUUACUCCAGAAAAUCAACGUCAUGUUUUGAGUAGUGCUUUUUCAUUGAUUCGUUUUCCUCUAAUGUCAAAGGAAGAAUUUACUGCUGGCCCAGCACAGUCUGGGCUUCUUAAAUAUUCAGAGGUGCUCUCUUUAUUUUCGUAUUUUAUACUAAAUCCAAAGCCAGUGGUAGGGUUUCAAACAAUGCCUCGUUGUUGCAUGACUGGUAAGGAACUGACUGUAUGCAGAUUUCAACAUACCAAAAGUAGAUGGGGAUAUAAUGGAACAAGUGACCGUAUAAGAUUUAGCGUUGACAGACGCAUAUUUCUUAUUGGCUAUGGAGUGUAUGGUGGCAUGCACGGACCAGCGAUAUACGAGACAUUAAUAGAAUUGAUACAUACUGCUUCUGGAAAAGUAAUUGCUUCAAAUUCGACAAGUUUUAGCUGUGAUGGUUCAAAGUAUACUUAUCGCUUAAUGUUCAAAGAGUUAGCUGAAAUUCUAUCAAAUACAAUUUACACUGCAUCAGUAACAUUAAGAGGCCCUUAUUCCCAUUAUGGUACUAAGGGUUUAAAAACAGUCAUAGUGGACACUGAUUCAGGAAAUGGAAAAAUCAAGUUUGAAUUUAGCAGUGAGACUGAAGAUAACAAUGGAACAUCUACUGAUGAAGGACAAAUUCCUGAGCUUAUAUUUUAUACUUAAUAACUCAUGUACAUAAC